CAAGACACCGUGGUCUUGAGAAAGGUACAAAGCGUACCUUCCACAGCAUGCCAAAAGCAGCAGCAGAAGACAAAGCCCAGCAAGGUGCGCUUGUGCACGGGUCGAGAACGGCGCAUACAGCCAGCAAUUAGCUAACAUGGAUGCUGAUCUUGUGGCUAUAAUGGCAUGACAUGACAUCGGUAGCUGAGGAGCUGAUCCUGACGUACAUGCGGCAGCAGAACCGUCCCUUUGCAUUAACCGACGUCCACCUCAACCUUAAAGGCGCUGUGACGAAGCCUGCUGCACAGAAAGCCUUGCUGGCUCUAGCUGAUAGCGGCAAGCUGCUAAAGAAGGAAUAUGGUAAAAGCUUGUUGUUUCUUGUCAAACAGAACUCAUUGGAAACCCUGGACAAGGACGGGCUGACAGCAUUGGGACAGGAAACUGCGCUCAAGAAGCAAGAGCUUAUAGAGACGAAGAAGCUGCUGGCAGCAAGGCAGGCUGAGGCGGAAACUGUCGCCGCUUCACCGUCGAACACGCAGCUUGUAGAGCAGGUUGCUCUGGCCACAGCGCAUUGCACGGCGCUGGAGAAGCAGCUCGCCGAGCUCAAGUCUUCAGGUGCAAAGCCGAUGACCGACGAGGAGGUGGCCGUGUACGAUAAAAGCCUGGACUUUUGGCGCAAAGCGUGGAUCUCCAGACGCAAGGCGGUGAAAGAUCUUCUCGUUAUGGUGUCUGAUGCGCUCGGCAAAGAAGAAGUCGCUAGUAUCAUGGACCAAUUUUCCAUCACCCUAGAGGAGGACACUGAGGCGGAGGAGCAAUUUGUCCAAAAUGAGCCCCGGUAAAGGUCUGAUGAUGAUAUUUGCACAGCCAUCUUUAACUUCGAAGCAACAAUAGGAUCAAGUUCGAGCCUCGCAAGUCAAGUGAAAU